UGACGCACGGCCCGCACGGCGAAUACGGCAAUUGUCGCUUGUCGCUGCGAGCUGCGAGUCGCGAGAGUUUCGUGUUUCGUGGUUUCGCCGAGCCGAGGCCGUCGCCGUGCGCCGUUCGUGUCACGCGUCACGCAGUCACAUUAGCCAAAUUUAGCGACUGUCACACUGUCACGGAGAGCGAGAGUGCUCACGCGCGUCAACGAAAAGGGUGAGGGUGAGCUCUAGGGAACGCGAGUCAAGGAUCGUGAUCGUCGUCGUUCGUCGUUGUCGGUUGUCGCGCCGCGUGGUCCCCUCGCAGACGGGGGACAAUGAAGUUCCAGUACAAGGAGGAGCACCCGUUCGAGAAGAGGAAGGCCGAGGGCGAGAAGAUCCGACGGAAAUACCCGGAUCGAGUGCCCGUAAUAGUCGAGAAGGCGCCUAAAGCCAAAAUCAGUGACCUGGACAAGCAAAAGUACUUGGUACCCUCUGAUUUGACCGUCGGCCAGUUUUACUUUUUAAUUCGUAAGAGGAUUCAUUUACGUCCCGAGGAUGCCCUAUUCUUCUUCGUCAACAACAUCAUUCCUCCGACAAGCGCCACCAUGGGCUCUCUUUAUGCGGAACAUCACGAAGAGGACUUCUUCCUUUAUAUAGCGUAUAGCGAUGAGAACGUAUACGGUCACUAAACCCCAGCAGGAUGAGCAAACCACCAAAACGACAAGGGCGUCAGCAACAAAAAUCAUCUACCAACGUAGUCCUCAUAGACGCUUUCGAAAAACCGAGCAUACCAAAUUACAACUAUCGAUAUACUUUGUGUGAACGUUUAUGUCUCGAUACUGCACACUUGCUUCUUUCAAAAACAAACUACACAGCUAUAUAUUUGGAUGAUAAAAAAAAAUGCUUGUCGAUUCCAUUCUUUCUUUGCCACCUGAGAGGACUUUAGUUUACCGUAUGAUGUAAGACCAACUAAAUUGUGCAGACGUAUGUGAUCAUGUAAUGUCUAGCCUGGCCACUCAAAAAAAAAAAAUAAAUAAAUAAAGAAACAAAAGAGAAAAAAAAUUUCCCAAAAAGUAUUUGUAUUGCCAAAUAUCGCUAAUAUUCUCACAACGUACGUUUCACUGCACAUUAAUAAUCAUGUUUCCCGAGAAUAGUAACUAUCGUAUCAUUAUAAAUUCCAAGUGUGGUAUAGACGACAGAAUUCUAUACGUGAUAUCAUUUUCAACACCAUAGAUUAAUGUUGUAUUAUACAUAAUUUUGACGUUAUUUACGUAAUGAAAGGACGAAGAGAACGUGUUGGAUAUGCGAGCGAGACAACGUUUCUGUAAUAUCUUGAAAAUGUAAGGCCAAUAAAAAAAAAUUUUAAAACGA